CAAACAAUCACUGCAAAAUCUUUGCGUGUGUCCAUUAUCACGACUCGAAUUAUCCUAUCACGCUAUCUUCAAAGUCUACAUCCAGAAACCUUCAUCAUGAGCACUCUUGACAAGAUCCACUCCGAUAACAACCCUAAUCAGGGUUUCCAUCCAAGCGCCAGCAAAUCCCAGCAUCUCACAGUCAAGAGCGUAUGUGCAUCUGAGCUCGAUAUCUUCAAAAGGCCAUUGGCUAACCUUUCCAAACAGCAUCAACCCGGCCGCAAGGUCUCUCCCAAAGACUAUGCCCCUGAAUUCCACGCAAAGACGUAUCCUCCUGGAACUGCUCCCGCUAGCAAUUCUUACACUCCCAACACCCAAUCGGAGGUGGGCAGCCAGGCUCAGAACCCCAAUGUUGAGCGAUCUCACGGAAAGGAGUCCGUUAAAACGACUGCCGACCAGAGUUUGCAGGGUGCUACCUCUAAGGAUGUGCAUACCGGUCUAGGCCAGCCUGGAGGCGGCCAGACGAGCGCAGAGCUUCGCCAUGACGGACAACAGCACCGGAAGAACCCUGGUAGUGGCCUUGAGGGUGUCGGAGCAAGCAAGGAACCCCGCACUGAGCGUCAGAUCCCUGGCCUGCGCGGCCUUGAGCGGGAUGAAGCGCAGGGAGGCCAGCAUGGGGACAAGGGUGCGUUGGCUGCUGAAGACAGGCAGCCCGAGUCUGCGUAGACGCUGGACGCGGAAUGGAAGUACAAGCCUCAGACCCAGAGACAGAGAUUCCAGUCUCAGAAACGAUCAUUUGGUAUAAUGUCUUAUAUUAUGUACUAUAAAUUUUGAUGAGCACGGGUAUCACGGUGUUAAUUUGAGCGAGUCAAAAUAUAUAUUGGAAAUCUUCACAUGUCGCACAGAUGAGCCGUAACAGAAGUUCGAUUGUUUGAGUCAGGUCGUCGAGCUAAUGCGACGUGGGCCACUUCUGGUUGAGUCGGCUAUGUCCUUCUGUUUCAGCUUCUUUGGCCAGCUGCGAGCAAUAUCGAUAUUCGCG